UUUACACGAACUUGAUUAGAAUUUAGUUAAAAACCUUAAUUUAAUGUAAAUUAUCAAUUAAAAAUUGUGUAUAUAAUAAAGUAAAAUAAUAAUAAUAGUUUUUCAUAAAAUAAUUAAUAAGAAAAACAACAAAAAAUUUUAUAAAUUAGCUAUUAAAAAGGCAAAAAGAAAAGGUGUAAAUUCGUUGUAGAGGCAGUGUAAAAAAAAGAAAUACAACAACAACAAAGGAAUGCCAACAUAUGUUUAAGAAAAUUUGCGUACUCUUGUGUUUUAAUAAUUUUUAAUACAUACAAACUAUAACUAAAUUAACAAAUAAUCAACUUUUGUAUUAUUAGUAUUAAUAAAGUCUUUGACGAAGUUGUUAGCAACAAAGAAGAUUAUUUUAAGGUGUUUUUUUUUUGUAUUUGUUAAACGUGCCACAAUUAGCAACAACAAUUUUAAGUGAAAAAAAAAACUAAAGAGAAUCUGAUUAGAAAACUUUUUUGUGGAAAAAUGUGUGAUGCUCCAGAAAGUAGUAAAAAAAGACAAAAAACGUGCCUACAAGUAGCCACUAAUGUUACAGAACAGAAACAUCAUGUAACCCGUGAGGCUAGAGGUAAAAAUCUUGGUUUAUGUCGUGGUUUCCGUGGCUGCACCGUUUGGCUGACUGGCCUCAGUGGUGCAGGCAAAACUUCCAUUGCCUUUGAAUUGGAAGCAUAUUUAGUGUCACGUGGCAUACCCGCCUAUGGUCUAGAUGGUGACAACAUCAGAACCGGUCUAAACAAAAACUUAGGCUUCACCCCGGCCGAUCGUGAGGAAAACAUCAGACGUGUUGGUGAAGUAGCCAAACUUUUUGCCGAUAGUGGUGUAGUUUCCAUUUGCAGUUUUGUCUCUCCCUUUGCCGAUGAUCGUGAGAUGGCUAGGAAAAUACACAAAGAUUCUGGUUUGAAAUUCUUCGAAGUUUUUGUUGAUACUCCCCUGUCUGUGUGUGAGUCGCGUGAUGUUAAGGGUUUGUACAAAAAAGCCAGAGAGGGUACAAUUAAAGGUUUCACCGGUAUUACCCAAGAAUAUGAGAAACCCGAACAUGCCGAUUUGGUGGUAAACACUGAUGGUUUCACCAUUAAAGAAUCCACCUAUAAAGUAAUACAACUUUUAGAGGAAGAAGGUAUAUUGCCCAAAUCGUUGCGUGAUGUUGAAAAAUUGCCCGAAUUAUUUGUGGCACCUUCCCUAAAAGAGGCCAUCUUAAAUGAGGUCAAAUCAUUGCCUUCCAUACCUAUUACUCAGGUAGAAUUACAAUGGGUUCAAGUAUUAUCCGAAGGUUGGGCUUAUCCUCUUAAGGGUUUCAUGCGUGAAGAUGAAUAUCUACAGACUUUGCAUUUCAAUUCGAUUUUAAGCGAAGAUGGUGCCUUUAGAGAAAAUCAAUCGGUACCGAUUGUUUUGUCAGUAUCAACAGAAAACAAAGAGAAAUUAGAUGGUUUAUCGGCCAUUUGCUUGACAUAUAAUGAUAAACCUAUUGCUAUUUUAAGAAAACCUGAAUUCUUCUAUCACCGCAAAGAGGAACGUUUGGCACGUCAAUUCGGUACCACACAUCCAAAUCAGCCUUACAUUAAGAUGGUUUUGGAAUCGGGUGAUUAUUUGGUGGGUGGUGAUUUGGAAGUUAUUGAACGUAUACAAUGGAAUGAUGGUUUGGAUCAAUAUCGCUUGACACCCAAUGAAUUGAGACAAAAGUUUACCGAAAUGAAAGCUGAUGCUAUCUUUGCUUUCCAAUUGCGUAACCCCAUCCACAAUGGUCAUGCUCUUCUCAUGCAAGACACUAAACGUCAAUUGCUCGAACGUGGUUUCAAGAAACCUGUACUUCUUCUACAUCCUCUCGGCGGUUGGACCAAGGACGAUGAUGUUCCAUUACCCGUUCGUAUGGCUCAACAUCAAGCCGUCCUCGAUUCGGGUGUUUUAAGUAGAGAUGACACCGUUUUGGCCAUCUUUCCCUCACCCAUGAUGUACGCUGGACCCACUGAGGUGCAAUGGCAUGCUAAGGCACGCAUGAAUGCUGGUGCCAACUUUUAUAUUGUCGGCAGAGAUCCAGCUGGUAUGCCUCAUCCCGAUAAGGAAAUGUAUCCCGAUGGUAAUUUGUAUGAGGCCACUCAUGGUGCUAGAGUACUUAAAAUGGCUCAAGGCUUAGAUAGCAUGGAGAUUUUGCCCUUCCGUGUGGCUGCUUAUGACAAGAGUGUUUCUCGCAUGGCAUUUUUCGAACCCAAACGUAAGGAAGAUUUUGAAUUUAUCUCAGGUACUAAAAUGCGCACAUUAGCUAAGACUGGCUCAAAUCCACCAGAUGGUUUUAUGGAACCUAAAGCCUGGAAAAUUCUUUCAGAAUACUAUCAAUCCCUAUCAAAGCAACAAUAGUUAACAGCUUAUACUGCAACUAGUUAUUUUUAAAAUGUUAUAAACUAAAAAAAAAACAAAAUUAGAUUUUAUCUUUUAAGUGCAAUGUUUUUCUUAAAAACAAUUUUAUAUUAAAACUCUAUAAAUAUUUAUGUUUUUUUCCCUUUUAUAAUACACAUUACCAUUAGUUUAAUAAGUAUGUUUUAUCAACAUAUUUCUUUUAAUUAUAAACUUUAAAUACACGCCUUUUUAAAUAAUGUCUGCCUAUUUAAAUUGUUUUCUAUUAAUUUCAUUUAUUAUUUCUUGUACAAGGGCUUUAUAUACUUACUUAAUAAAAUAUUUUAUCAUUUUAUUAUUUUGUAAUUAAGUUACAACUGGAAUACCCUUUGAUAUUUGUGUCUUUUGGGAUUUCAUUUGUCGUAUUUUAUGUUUUACGCGUUUGUAUGUCGCUUUUUAGUGUCUUAAGUUGAGUGAAAAUAUAUCAUCAGUACUGUGUAUAAAACAAUAAACGAAUACAACAUAACUUUGUAACUGUUAUAAUUUUUAAGUUUAAAUUUAUUGUAAUAUAUAUUUUGAACAUAAAAUAAAUAAAAAGAAAAAUUAAAAAAAAUGCAAAAAGA